AUGCGUAUGGACACGCUGCUAACCGUGAAUGACUACCAUCAAAAGGCAAUCACACUAUUGCCGAAAAACGCGAGAGAUUACUAUGAGAGCGGCUCGGAUGAUGAGCACACGUUGCGUAGGAAUAUUGACGCUUUUUCGAGGUUUCUGAUUUGGCCAAAAUGUCUGGCGGACGUGUCGAAAAUUGAUAUGUCUGUAGAAUUUCUUGGAAAAAAGUAUAAAACGCCGAUUUGUCUCUCUCCAUCCGCUUUCCAUAAGCUCUGCCAUCCAGAUGGGGAGUUGGCUACUGUCCAAGAUAAGUAUUCUUAUGCCGGAAAUGCCGGUGUUAUGAUUUGUUCUUCCUGGGGUACGACAGCUAUGGAGGAUAUUGCCGCCCACCAGGGCAACGCCACGCUAUGGUUUCAGCUGUAUGUCUACAAACACCGUCCAACCUGUGAGGCGCUGAUCAGGCGCGCAGAAAGGGCUGGAUUUGAAGCCCUCGUCCUUACCGCCGAUACUCCAGUCCUUGGUCAUCGACUGGCCGACAAGCGCAACGCGUUCACCCUGCCACCACCUUUAAAAUUUGCAAACAUCCUUGAUAAUAGCGACUCGAAAGUCAGGAUGCCAAAGGUGCCCGUCGGAGAUUCCGGGCUUAUGGCUUACGUUUCUGAACAAGUGGAUCCAUCGAUCGAUUGGAAUAUGUUAAAAUGGCUUGUUGGCUUCACUCGCCUCCCCGUCAUCGUCAAGGGGGUCAUGCGACCUGGCGACGCGGAAAUGGCAAUAAUGUGCGGGGCAAAGGCUGUGUUCAUCUCUAACCACGGCGGUCGUCAAAUGGACAGCGCUCCAUCUACGAUCGAGGUGCUGCCGGAAAUUGUGAAAGCCGUUCGGCAGCGGGUUCCCGUUUUUAUUGAUGGAGGUUUUCGGAAUGGGCGUGAUGUAUUUAAGGCGCUCGCUUUGGGCGCCACCGCUGUAUUCCUGGGGCGUCCGGUACUUUACGGGCUGACAGUUGGUGGAGCCCAAGGCGUCGAAAAUAUUUUAAGAAUUAUGGAAAACGAGUUGGAAGUGACGAUGGAGCUCUCAGGCUGUACCACAAUUCACGAGAUCCAAAACACCAAGGAAAUUGUCGUGCCGGCGGAUCGCUUCUCCAAACUC